AUGGAGAGAAACAAUCAUCGGCGUCACCAACGUCAAAUCCUUCCUUUUUCUUCGUCUUCUAGUACUUCUUCGGGCGCGGCGAGUAGAGGGGAUUUCGGGGCUUUCCGGGAAUCGGACUGGAGAUCCAGGAAGCAAUCGACGACACGCAACAAUACCCAGAAACCGAAACUGAAAUUGGAAGCUGAAGGUGGAGAGAAGGAAGAUGGCCUAUCCGAGAUUCCCGCUCUAAUUGGAACCUGUCCUUUUAUGUGCCCAGAGGGUGAAAGGGCUCAAAGAGAGCGGCUAAGAGAUCUGGCUGUUUUUGAAAGACUCCAUGGAAAUCCUGGGAAAACAUCUCCCAGCUUGGCUGUCAAGAAGUUCUGCAGGACUAUAUCCGCCAAGGAAGGACAAGUAUCAGAUAUAAGGCCCCUUCCUGUUCUGGAAGAGACACUGAGCUACCUUCUAACAUUGUUGGACACGACAAAUCAUUCAUUUGAAGUACUUCACGACUUCAUCUUUGACAGGACAAGGUCCAUUAGACAAGAUCUCAGCAUGCAGAACAUUGCCAAUAAGAAAGCAAUCUACAUGUACGAGGAAAUGGUAAAGUUUCACAUCAUAUCUCACCUCAAGCUUCGACCUCACAGCAAGAAAUCAACCACUUCUUCAAUCCAUUACCUCAACAUGGAGCAGCUCACAAAGGCUCUCACUUCACUAUACAAUCUGUACGAUGUGAAUCAUGAAGAUUCCAAUUCGGUACACAAAAAUGAGGCUGAGUUUUGUUCAUUCUAUGUGCUUCUUCAUCUUGACUCCAGAAAUCAGCCAGCAGGGGAAUCACUUGCUUUGUGGUUUCGUUGCUUGCCUACAUCCAUCAUCCGGUCAUCAGAGAUGUGCUUUGCCCGUGGAGUUCUACGGUCUUUUCGGCUUGGGAAUUACAAGCACUUUCUGUCAACCAUAGCUGCCGAAGCAUCGUAUUUACAGUACUGUAUUCUUGAACCGUAUGUUAACCAGGUCCGAAUGUUUGCUCUGUCAUGUAUUAACAGUGUUGGCUACAAGCUUCAUCCUUACCCUCUCACUCGCCUGUCGAAUAUCUUGAUAAUGAAGGAAUCAGAUGUGGAGCUGUUGUGCAAUGCCUGCGGUCUUGAGACUUGCAUGGACGAAACAGGAAAUAAGUUGUUGCCUACCAAGCAAACAAGUUUCACCACUCCAAAAGACAAUCAAAGCUAUCCAGUUCUAGGGUUAGAACAAUUCGAGAGGGAAUACUGA